UGUUUUUUUACCUCGUUUUAUCCGUUGCACUCGCUCUAUUUCAUUCCGUCCACUCGUUUCCCUCUGUUAUCAGUCUCCGGUGAUAAUGAGUGUUUGGUUCUGAUGACACUGUACGUUUUCAAAUUUGAAUCGUCUCGCUGGCGUCCGCCAACCGUUUCAACUGCAAAAGCAUCAGUUCCCUCUGUCCUUUGUGACAGACGCAUGAAGGGUGACAAUUCCGUUGACAAUCCUUACUAAAGUGAAAAUUCAAUCGCGGAAAGUAAUUAAUUGGAGCAGUUUGCCUUCAUGAGGGCACGUCUCAGGAGGAUUGUGGCGAAAUGGAGUUUGAGAGGGAUCCGAGCGGAACCCCAAGGACUUCGAGGGAUGAUCAUCAUCACAGCUUGAUUAAUAUGACGAUAUUGUCAACACCCAGACCACAGGCAACAUCCACUGUUGAACGUAGAACCUUUGGCUCCUACUCUUCCGACGCAUUCCAUCGCUACCGAGAUCCCCCAGUGGACGACGCAUCCUCCACCACCCCCGACAGUUCCCUAGGUCUGGUGAACGACAUCUCCAGUCGCUCAUUAAUCGACGAGAACGUCUCCUCGAUACCCCAGGCAAACCGCUACGAGACCCAACGAAAGUUGGCGCGAGAGCUCCUGCAGAAGCUGAGUGACCAAUCCACUCCCCCCCGCCUGGACCCCAACAAAGAGAACAACGUAAACUCACCAAACUUAUGCGACAACACUCCCCCGACCCUGACCAACUCCCUGGACUACUUUUCCCCCCAGCGAACCCCCCAGAAGGACCAUACCCUGCUCUCCACGAGUCUCCCCAAGACCAGCAUCAACAGCGUGGUGUUCGAGCCCAACGAGAUCACAGGAAGAUCCUCCGAGAAGUCCAGAAGUCCCGACACCUCCCCCUCAAACUACAAAGCCGAUGGCUUCAGCUUCAACACCACAGCAGCAGAACUAAUGGCAAAAUUCUCGAAUGAAGACUUCCUCUCAGGCUCUCGCAUGAACUCCCAACUGUCAGCUGACGAGUGCUCGUGGAACCAAAACGUGAAUCCUGUCCCACCAGAGCGAGAACGCCUGGACUUCUCCUGUUUCUCCGGAAUAAUCGGUGAGAUGGACCUGUCCCUGGAGUCGUGCGCAGGUCGAAAAGUGUCAGUGGGUGAAUUUUUCGGACGCAAGUGCGAGCCAAUAGGUCAACUCUCCCCCUCAGAAGGCUUUGAACGCCCAGCGUUUGGUUUCGAAAUCCAAAGCCCCAAGAGAAUAUCGAGACCUGGGGCAUUGGUCAACCUGACGACGAUGACAGACGCCUCAAAAUCCUCAGAACCCCACCCCCCGACGCAGGAGAGCCCAGUUGAGAAAUUUUACACCACCUGCACGACCUCCUGCAUAGACGACACUCGAGACGAGGACGACGAGGAGCCCCUGAUCAGCCUCAGUGGAAUAGCAAAGGCCCUGGACUCGAACGACGAGACCCCUCGUCGUCUAGUGGACCAGCUACUGAUGGUGAAGAAGAAGGAGAAGGAGCAGAAGGAGAGAAAGCCCAUCGAGAAUGGCAACUGCACUGGAGGGACCUACACACUGCAGUCAACAAGGUCCUCCCUCCCUGUCUUCGCCCUGGAGACCCCCCAGUCCUCAGGGAAAUUAUCACUGGACAGCAAGACUUUGAAUGGCAACUGUUCAACGAUGAACCCAAGUGCCUCUGCCUGGAGCCUGCCAGCAUCAGUCUCCUUCGACAAGGACCCCAAAUCCCCUGAUAAAUACAAUCCUGAGAUGCAGUCUCCAACAAUCCCAGGUGUCGACAUCACCCCAACAGCUGGAAUUCUGACCCCACCGUCUCCAUUUUACAACAAAGAAUCCCUAAAACAAUUGAUUUCUCAACAAUUUCCCCAGGAGUAUCCAGCAAAUCAAGUGCCCCAGGCCAUGAAGAGCUCGUCGAAACCCCCUCUGCAGUCAGAUCAUUCGAUCAAAAGAGAAAUCAACACGUCAGAACGAAUUUCCUCACCAAAACUCAACAGCCUAGCCCUGAAGAACCAAUCAGAGAUACUUAAAGUUGGAAAAAACGAGUCGCCAGAGGGAAUUUCCCCAGGAAAACUCAGCAACACAACUCUGAAGAAUCCAGCAGAGAGACUGACCAUUGGGAGGAACACAGAGGGGCUCUACAAGUGUAUCCUUGGAGUUGCCAGAGAGGCUGACAUCGAGAUGACGAACGAGAGUGAUCGUUGGCUGGUGUGCUCCCUCCACCUGCUCCAGAUACAGGGAGACAAGGAGAACAUUCAGCUGGAGAUUCCAGACUACACAGUUCUGAUAAAACCAGGUCAGAGUAAAGUCUUCAAGAUCGUGGUGAAGCUCCUGAAGAUGUCUGGUCCAAUCCUGGCAGCCUUGAGCAUCAACUGCAGUGACAUGACGACCAGGGAGUCCUCUACGAAGCACCACCUGAUGUGUUUCGUACCCUCCGAUGCUCAGGUUGAUGUCAUCUACCCUGAGGGACACCAGAACACCCUGAAUUUCGGUGGGAAUAAGGAAGUAACUGAAUUACCAGUGGCAUUGGAGAAUAAAUACGACACUGACGUUCCCCUGGAGCUCUUCAUAUCAAACAACAACUCUGAAGUGUUUAAUCUGAAGACUCCAACGAAUUCUGAUGCUGUCUCCGACGAUAACAAACCAGUCACUUAUCUAAUACUCAAGGCUAACGAUAAAUUCAUGAUUACUGUUGAGUAUAAGCCAGGAAAUGUGAAGAAGAACCUGAAGAACACGAACAACGAAGGACAAUCCAAACUAGUCGUUCGUGUGCACAACGAGACGAAGACAGGCUCGAUAAUCGCUGAGAUCCCUCUGAUUGUCGAAGAGAUCAACGACACAGAGGAUUCACCAGGGGAAUUUCCCAGGGUUUAUUCUCGUUGUGAAACCCCCCAGCAGCACCUGAUGACGAGCCUUCCAUCGUCCCCCCACAGUGUGAGUUCAACUACCAGUGCAGGUACCUCUGCCUGCAACAAGUCAGGAAGAGCAUCCCCUCGAAGUUUAUCAUCAGGAGGAACAGUCGCAGGGGAUACGAUUCCUGUUCAGUCCACCCACUCCUCGUUAUCCUGGACGACAGUGCGAGUUGGAAAAUACGAGGUGAAGGAAUUCACGAUAAGAAACACCAGUAGCAACAAGAUAAAGCUCCAGGCGUUGAUCACAGACAACGACAAGAGUUUCAAAUUCCUGAAGGACAGGGAAUCCAGUACCAGCAUUUUGCUGGGCCUCCAGAGGAUGGAGAGCAGAACCCUGACGAUUGUCUACUCGCCGAACAGAACUGGAGCUUCAGCGGGGAAAAUAACAUUCGUUCAUUACGAGAAUAAGAUCAAGAGGAGUUCAGGAAAUGUCAGUGAUAUUAGGGAACGAGAGUCAAGACCUUCCAGAGUCAUCAUGCUGUAUGGAUGUGGGGGGUAUGCUAAGGUGAAUAUCAAUCAGGCGAUGAAGAUCAUGGGGGCGCAGAUGUGGCUGUCCCUGGGGCAACUGAACUCAGCUGGGAACCUGACGACAACAGUGCAGCUGGAGAACUCGGGGGAUUUGCCAGCUUAUGCCAAGAUUAAACUGUCUCCAAAGGCGGUUUAUCCGACUGUUGCCACCAGCUGGCAUGUCGAGCCCACUGAGGUGAUCCUGGGGCCGAGGCAGUCCCAGUGGAUCACAAUUGACUUUAAACCGAGAAAGGAGGACAUUGCUCUAUUGAGAGGGGAUGUUGCAGAGAUGGGGACCCUGACGAUUACCCAUGGGGAUGAGCCAACUCGUUGGAGGAUCAGAAGACUCUACAAGAAGCUGAUUGAGACUGGACAGGUCAACGACAAGCAGAACGAUGUCUUCAGGAAUGUGGUGGAUCCAAUCUGCAGGAUAUUUCCUGGCGAGGGGCAGAUCCCCCAAUUGUCGAUCAUCAGGGAUGCUGUGCAGGAUCUGGGGAUCCUCUGUCGUAAUGUCCAUCGUCAGGUGGUGACGUUGAUGAUGGAUUUGAACUCUGACGAGACCAUUUCGAUAUUCACUGAUGAUGGGGAUGAGUCUCAGAUGUUUCAGUCACUCUGCAGUGACACCAGUGUUGUCUCUGUGCACGAUGAGGACAGCUAUAUGCCCUCGGAGAGCCUUUUGGAGAGGACGCUGGUGGGGAGACGACAGGGGAUGGAUGGCGAGUUUUGUGUUAGUCCAGCUACGGUGACACUCCAUCCUCCUGGCUCCAAGGAUGCCACUGUCAUGAUCACCAGCACAUCCAGCACUGCCCAGCCUUUUGAAGCGAAAGUUACGAAUAGUGAGUUCUUGAGUGUCUUACCUGCUGGGGGGAUGAUACCAGCUAAGAGGGGGGUCUUGAUUAAAAUUCAGUGUAAGAAGAAUGUUGAUAAGGGGUUUCAAGCGGUUUUGCAGAUUUUUACGAGUAAUGAGAGAAAGGAUGUGAGAAUCCAAGUUAUGCCUAAACGAUAUUGAUGAGAUGUUUUGUAGUGAGAGGAUUUUUAAGAAAUUUUUUCGGAUUUUGACAUUUGUGCUUAAGUGUAGGUAAUAUGUGCAGUUGUACGUCUGAAAGACCAUCUUUUUAUAUGAGAAUUUUGAUUAAGUUGGAAAGUAUUGUAAAUGUAUCAAUGUCAGUUCUAGUAAAAAGUUCGUGAUUUUUAUUAAAUUGAUUAUAAUUUUUUAUUAAUUGAA